AAGGGGCGGGUCCUCCGUGCCGCCGCCGUCUCUUCCCCUCUGACUGGACCCCCCUCGGAGCUCCCACGGCACGGGCAGGGGCUAGGGCAGUGCCCAGUGCCCAGAGGUGAAGGUCUGGCCGCAGACUCUGCCGGCCGGACGCCGAGCCAGACUCUUACCCCGUCGCACGGCACAGCCGGCUCCUCUCCGCCCCACUCUCCGCAGCGGCUCCUGCCGCCCCGCGGAGCCGAAUUCCUGCAAAUACUAGUAAAUAUUGGUGGUGGUGUGCAUUCUGGAGAUAUAGUUUUACUACAGAAUACUACCAAGGCUUUGCGAAUGGGAUGAACAGGCUGCUGGUGACUGCUUACUGACAGUAACCAGCUGGGCACUUCACUGGUGAUGUUUUCAUUCUCACCUUGUCCAAUUGGACUUUGCUUAUACUGAUUUUUAAAAAGAGGAAGAAAUCAAAGUGGAGUACCAUAAACUUGACAUGGAUAACAGAAAGAAAGACAAGGACAAGCCGGAUGAAAGAAUUGCACGGCCUAGUGGGAGGUCAGGCCAUAAUCCACGUGGAACUGGUUCUUCAAAUUCUGGAGUGUUAAUGGUUGGCCCUAACUUCAGAGUUGGCAAAAAAAUUGGAUGUGGUAAUUUUGGAGAACUACGGUUAGGAAAAAAUUUAUACACAAAUGAGUAUGUGGCAAUUAAGCUGGAGCCACUGAAGUCGAGAGCACCACAGCUACAUUUGGAAUACAGAUUCUACAAGCAGCUAGGAUCUGGAGAUGGAAUACCUCAGGUUUACUAUUUUGGCCCAUGUGGCAAAUAUAAUGCCAUGGUGCUAGAGCUACUUGGACCUAGUCUGGAAGAUUUAUUUGACUUGUGUGGUAGGACAUUUUCUCUUAAAACCGUUCUUAUGAUAGCCAUACAGUUGAUUUCUCGUAUGGAAUAUGUGCAUUCAAAGAACUUGAUAUACAGAGAUGUAAAACCGGAGAACUUCUUGGUUGGACGACCUGGAAACAAAACCCAGCAAAUUAUUCAUAUUAUAGAUUUUGGUUUGGCAAAGGAGUAUAUAGAUCCAGAAACAAAGAAGCACAUACCAUAUCGAGAACGCAAGAACCUUACAGGAACAGCUAGAUACAUGAGUAUAAAUACGCAUUUAGGAAAAGAGCAAAGUAGACGAGAUGAUUUGGAAGCUUUAGGUCACAUGUUUAUGUAUUUUCUAAGAGGAAGCCUUCCGUGGCAAGGUUUAAAGGCUGAUGCAUUAAAAGAACGUUACCAGAAAAUUGGAGACACAAAACGAGCAACCCCCAUAGAAGUGCUGUGUGAAAACUUCCCAGAGGAAAUGGCUACAUACCUACAUUAUGUAAGAAGCCUAGAUUUUUUUGAAAAGCCGGACUAUGACUACUUAAGAAAGCUUUUCACAGACUUACUUGAUCGGAAAGGCUAUAUGUUUGAUUAUGAAUAUGACUGGCUUGGCAAACAGUUGCCUACUUCAGUGGGUUCAAUACAUUCAGACCCUGCACUGUCUUCAAACAGAGAAGCAUAUCAGCACAGAGAUAAAAUGCAACAAUCCAAAAGUCAGUCAACAGACCAUAGGGCAGCUUGGGACUCACAGCAAGCCAAUCCACAUCAUUUGAGGGCUCACCUAGCAGCUGACAGACAUGGUGGCUCAGUACAGGUGCUGCUGUUUUUUCAAGCGGAAGAAAAGGAAAACCAUUCAAUGCCACAAAUGACUGGAACCAAGCAGAACGUGGGAAAUUGCUCAUUUGUUCAACUGCUGUCUUGUGAUCUUGAAAACAACCCCCAAAAUCCAAAACAAAACCAGAACCAAACAACCCCCCCACCCCUCUGUAAUGACCACAUGUUUUCCAAGGACUCCCUUAGAAAUAAUGUCAUGCCUGUGUGCUUUGAUUUGGUUCUCCUGCAUCCAUCUUUUUAUUCAUCUAUUCUGAAAGCUUCAAGGUUUUGUCAAAUAUGAGUGCUGCUUUGACCAUCCACAAAUGGACCAGUGAAAUGGUACAAAUGAACAGUAUCUUCAGCAAAACUAAAUUUGAAAAGUAUUUCUCCUGUCCUAGGAAGUACUAGCUAGUGUCUUAGC